AUGCUUGCUGCAUGCUUUCGGAUACUUGGUUGUUCUUCUGGUACCAUUGAAAUCGAUUCGAAUAGUGCAAUGCUACCUCAAGACGGCCUGGGUGAUGUCAGAAUCCCCCCUCUUUCCCCUGUUCCUUCCGGGCUGGCAAAACCGGACGAUCGUCUAUGUGACACCUGUAGCCAACUCGGCUUGACUGUUGAAAGUUUUACUUACAUCCCUGGGAAUGAGGACGCUUAUAAAGAACAGAUUUACUUAGGGCUCGUCAAGGACAUUAAAGAAAAAAUGCGCUGCCCUCUUUGCCGUCUCAUUCUCGCGAGCAUUGGAUCCGAGCUUCCGUGCACGGAGGAUGGACAACCAUUAUCUAUAUCAUUCCGCUGGGAGACAGAUCCUAGAUCUUCCUCAUGUGCCAUGGCCCCUUAUGCCUGGAAGCCAGGAGGAAGAUAUGCAAAUCCUAAACGGUUGAAUGCCUUCCCCAGGAUUACAGUUCUUGCCAAUGACACCACCAAUCCGUGUUUAAUAAAUUACGUCCGUCCAAUUGAAGACACGAUCAAUUUUAACAUGGUGAGCAACUGGCUCUACAUGUGCGAGGACUGGCACGGGGAUGUUUGCGAGAAGUCAAAAUAUCUUGAUGGAGUGGUGGACAACCCCACGGCUUUGAUACCUACCUUCCGUCUUAUCGAUGUCGUCGAAAAUUGCAUUUUGUUUGCUCCAGCAAACGUCACGUACGUAGCACUCAGUUAUGUCUGGGGAAAAAUAGAUCCAACAAAGAUAUUGAGAUUGACCAAAGGAACUAUCAACGACCUCGCAGUCCCUGGCGCUCUCUUACAACAGCAGAACUACGACAUCACCCCGAUAACAAUACGAGAUGCUAUUCAGGUUACACGCGAAAUUGGUAUACGCUACCUAUGGGUUGACAGCUUGUGUAUUGUACAGGAUGACGUCGGACCCGGUGGAAGCAAGAUGGAUGCAAUAUCAAAAAUGGAUCUCAUUUAUGGGGCCGCAUAUUUGACAAUUAUCGCAGCCACAGGAGGUGACGCCAAUGCCGGUCUUCCUGGGGUUAGACCUGGCACUCGAAAGAUCCCCCAACUUAUAGAGGAAAUCUAUCCAGGACUUCGGCUGGCAAAUCGGCCGAGUGACCUGGCUCAUAUACCAAACAUCCAUCGAACUAGGGCGUGGACAUACCAAGAGCUGAGGUUCGCUAAAAGAAGCCUCAGCUUUAUCGGAGGGCAGGCGGUUUUCCAAUGCUGCAGCUACAAUUGGCGCGAGGAUGUCGUUUUUGAAGACCGAAGUUGGUAUCUCACCUCCAACCGGAGCCGUACCGUCGAACUCCCGAACAAGAUAUUCGAACUCGAAAGCAUGAUCUACGGAUACUCUGGGCUUUCGUUGACCAAUGAGGAAGAUAUCUACGAUGCAUUUGCUGGUCUUGCCCGUUUCUUCAGAACAAAGCUGGGUUCAAAUCUUUGUCACGGUAUUCCGGACACAGAUUUUGACUGGUUCUUGCUGUGGACGGCCCAGGAUCCUCCUAAACGUAGACCACAUGCGCCUAGUUGGUCGUGGUCGGGAUGGCAGGGUGAGAUGCGACCGAUGAGCUGGUGGAGGAAUCGACCUAGCACCGAAGAAAUUCGCGAAAUACAAAAGGAGCGGACGUGGAUUGUAUGGUACGAGCGAAAGGCGCAUCACCUGGAAGAGUGCCAACGCGUCAGUAAUCCUGAGAAUAGCAGUCAGUCUUCCUCUAGGUUGCCACCCAAUCCAGAAACACGGUUACAAUCUCGUUUUCCAUUUGAUUGCAGCCAGACGCUCCCAACACCGCGGAAGCUAGUCAAUGCGCCGAAAUAUAUUCAAAGUGGACACUCCGAAGCCGGCUCAGGCUUUCUCCAGUUCUGGACCGUAUCUGUAACAUUCCGGUUGGCUGAACCAGAAAGCAGGGAGAACCCCAGCUUUGGUCCCCGAAAUACUCACUCUCGGAUUGGUAUUUUUGGUCGAAACGGUCAAGAGAUUAGUAUCGUCUAUGUGAAUCCUGACUGGCGACACAGGAAUCUUCAGCCGCAGAGAACCCACGAAUUUAUUUUGCUGAGCGAAGGGGUAGACCAUGAUUUGAGGCUGGAUGCCUCUGAGAAAGACUUGAAAUAUAUGGUGAUGCUAAUAGAUUGGCAAGAGGAUGGGCAAUGGGCGGAACGUGUUGCUGUGACAUCGAUGGAGAAGACAGCAUUAGACCAGGCGUUUGGGCAAGGGCCGAUAUGGAAAGAGAUUAUUUUAGGAUAA